AAAUGGCCUUCAGUCUAAUCUACUCACCGACGAAAUCAUAAGCGAGAGAAAAAUAAAAAAAAAGAGAGCUCAAUCCAUCUUUUCUAAGACCUCUCCGAAUAUUUCUUUCCACUACAUCAAUGGUUGUCGAGUCUUCUAACCACCGCACCGUCAAAGAGAUCUUUCAAGGAUUUAAGCGGUCGUCGCUCUGGUUUUCUUAAAGCUCUCUCCGUAGAAAUGAAGAAUAUGCGGACACCCGAAUGGGACAUGGGAGGAAGUGAAUUUUCCAGCAGAGGAAGUGAAUGUUUUAUCAUAUGCUAUUUAAAUUGGAAAAUUGUAAAGAUUCUGGUUUAAGGAGUGGAUUCAAAAAAGCUUAGAGAGAUUUGGUGUCCGAGGUUGAGAAAAAACCAAAAACAGGAACUAAAGUAGGCCGGCCAGGGGUUCACCUACAUCUUGUGGAACAAAGAAUCAUAUUAAAAGCAGAAACUUUUUGUUGUUUAGUGGUUACACCAAAUCGUGUCUACGGGUUUGACUAAAAUGUCUCUGUCUCCGAGCUUCAGGCUUCAGCUUAAACUGCCUAUAAAAAGAUCCAAGAGACUCCAGUGAAGAGGCUGUGCAGAGUUCAUAGGUCAAUCACUGUGAACGGACAGUUUCCAGGGCCAACCUUGGAGGUUCGAAACGGUGAUUCCCUUGUCAUCACUGCCAUAAACAAAUCUCAGUACAACAUUAGCCUCCAUUGGCAUGGGAUAAGGCAAAUACGGAAUCCAUGGGCAGAUGGACCAGAAUACAUAACCCAGUGCCCAAUCAAACCUGGAGGAAGCUACACCUACAGGUUCAACAUCGAAGAACAAGAGGGUACCUUGUGGUGGCAUGCCCACAGCAGAUGGCUACGAGCCACCGUGUAUGGAGCUCUCAUCAUCCGUCCUCCGCUCUCUUCUCCUCAUUAUCCUUUUCCAGUUCUUCCCAAGAGAGAGAUUACCCUCCUCUUAGGGGAGUGGUGGGACAGAAACCCCAUGGAUGUCCUAAACUUGGCUCAGUUCACAGGAGCAGCACCAAACGUGUCAGACGCCUUCACCAUCAACGGUCAGCCUGGUGAUUUCUACAGAUGCUCUAGCCAAGAAACUUUGAGGUUUCUGGUGGGGUCAGGAGAGACAGUCCUCCUCAGGGUCGUCAACUCUGGCUUGAACCAAGAACUCUUCUUUGCUGUGGCGAAUCACAAACUGACAGUGGUUGCUGCGGAUGCUUCCUACACCAAGCCUUUCUCAACCAAUGUCAUAAUGUUAGGACCAGGUCAGACAACUGAUGUGCUUCUAACCGCAGACCAACCACCAGCACAUUACUACAUGGCGGCACACGCCUACAACAGCGCCAACGCCCCCUUUGACAACACCACCACCACUGCAAUCCUCCAAUACAAAGGCGCUCCAUGUGUUACUCGUCAAGGUAACUUGCAGGCACAACGGGCAGUACCUGCGCAGCUGCCAGGAUUCAACGACACAGCAACUGCAGCAGCGUUCACAGCUCAGAUGAAGAGUCCUUCGAGAGUGGAAGUUCCUCUCGAGAUUGACGAGGACUUGUUUUUCACAGUGGGAUUGGGACUAUUCAACUGCUCAACCCCAAACACGCAAAGGUGUCAAGGCCCUAACCGAACACGCUUCACCGCGAGCAUUAACAAUGUCUCUUUCGUCUUCCCUAGACGAAACUCCAUAAUGCAAGCCUAUUACCAAGGCAAUUCCGCCGGCGUUUUCACCACGGACUUCCCUCCUAUUCCUCCUCUUGCAUUUGACUAUACAGGAAACGUAAGCAGAGGGCUAUGGCAGCCUACCCGUGGAACAAAGGCCUAUAAACUAAAGUACAAGUCCAAGGUGCAAGUUAUACUGCAAGACACGAGCAUCGUGACCAUUGAGAAUCACCCAAUGCAUCUCCACGGCUACGAGUUCUAUGUAGUGGGAACAGGUAUUGGCAACUUCAACCCAAGCAAAGACACAGCCUCCUUUAACCUCCUGGACCCACCACGGAGAAACACAAUUGGAACUCCUCCAGGUGGAUGGGUAGCCAUCAGAUUUGUGGCUGACAAUCCAGGAGUGUGGCUAAUGCACUGUCACAUCGACUCGCAUAUAUUCUGGGGUUUGGCUAUGGUAUUUUUAGUGGAGAACGGUGAAGGGCAUUUGCAGUCCGUACAGUCUCCGCCAUUGGACUUGCCCCAAUGUUAAAACUCUAUAUACACAUACACUUUGUAUAUCUUCUUUCUUUAUUAUGAUGGGAUUUUUGUUUAACAAAGCAUGACAUUCAUAGACAUAUU